ACUUUUUGUCCUUGAGAUUUGGCCUUCUGGUUGUUUGCUAUGGACCCUGCAUUCACUAUAUCUGGUCUCCCCGGACCCUGCAUUCACUAUAUCUGGUCUCCCCGGACCCUGCAUUCACUAUAUCUGGUCUCCCCGGACCCUGCAUUCACUAUAUCUGGUCUCCCUGGACCCUGCAUUCACUAUAUCUGCUCUCCCUGGACCCUGCAUUCACUAUAUCUGGUCUCCUCAGACCCUGUAUUCACUAUAUUUUGUCUCUCUGGACCCUGCAUUCACUAUAUCUGGUCUCCCGGACCCUGCAUUCACUAUAUCUGGUCUCCCCGGACCCUGCAUUCACUAUAUCCGGUCUCCCUGGACCCUGCAUUCACUAUAUCCGGUCUCCCCGAACCCUACAUUCACCAUAUCUGGUCUCCCUGGACCCUGCAUUCACUAUAUCUGGGGUCUCCCCGGACCCUGCAUCCAUUAUAUCCGGUCUCCCCGGACCCUGCAUUCAUUAUAUCCAGUCUCCCAGGACCCUGCAUUCACUAUAUCUGGUCUCCCCGGACCCUGCAUUCACUAUAUCUGGUCUCCCACAGUACACAGAACAUGGAAAUGCAAUUAUUUUAGUAACUAUAAACUGCUAAAUACCUUUUCUCAUCAGCAGUUGGAGCAGUCUUGUGA